CACAACGGUCAACCUCCGGGUCCAGCGCAUACUCAUUCUUGUAUAUUAUACCGUAACAUUACUACCCUGGUACAUUGCUGCCAUGUCAGGAUCCAAGUUCCAGCAGGCACCUCACAAGCUAUUGGCUAUCCCCGGACCUAUUGAAGUGACUAACGAAGUCCUCGAUGCGAUUUCUCAGCCACCUAUGUCCCACGUUUCACCUGGAUUUGUAAAAAUAUUUAAGGAGUGCAUGGAUAUGACCAGACAAGUACUGUACACAACCACUGGCAUGCCUUUCAUCAUAGCCGGGAGCGGGACUCUCGGCUGGGACGAGGUUUCUUCCAACCUUGUAGAGCCUGGUGAAUUCGUGCUAGUUGUGAACAACGGCUAUUUUGGGGAUGGGUUUUCGGACUGUCUCCGUGCAUAUGGAGCCAGCGUGGACCACAUCCGGGCGCCUUUGGGUGACGCGGCGCCAAGCAUAGACGUUGAAAGGGCACUAAAGAAGAGAAAAUACAAGGUUAUUGUAGUCACCCAUGUCGAUACAUCCACGGGCGUCCUAUCCGACGUGAAAGCAAUUGCGAGUGUCGCCAAGAGUGUCUCAUCAGAAACGCUUGUAAUCGUCGAUGGUGUAUGUUCGGUCGCUAGCGAGGAAAUCCGCAUGGAUGAUUGGAACAUUGAUGUGGUCCUCACGGCGAGUCAGAAGGGACUAGGCACACCGCCAGGGUUGAGUAUCCUUGUCGCGAGCGAGCAGGCGAUCAAGGUAUUCGAAAGCAGGAAAACUCCCGUGACAUCAUACUAUGCGAGCUGGCAAAAAUGGCUGCCAAUCAUGCGCGCAUACGACUCUGGUACACCAGCAUACUUUGCUACACCGCCUGUGAACAUGAUAUAUGCAUAUCACGCGUCUUUGAAGCAGAUAACAAGUGGAUUAGAAGAGAGAUUUAGAGCACACCAGAAGGCGAGUGAGAGGAUCAAGGCUGUGGCGAAGCAAUUGGGUUACAGGCAGAUUCCCAAGAAGCCAAGCAUUGCUGCGAACGGCAUGACUGCAAUAUAUGUUCCCGAUGGGUUCGUGCCCAAAGACAUCAUACCUCGGUUGACAGAGCAUGGGAUUGUUGUUGCUGGGGGCCUGCACAAAGAAGCCAAAGAUAAGUACAUCAGGAUAGGUCAUAUGGGGACCUCUGUUGUCGAUGAGGGAAGGGGAGACAUCGAACUCAUUGAAAAGGCGCUGAAAGCAUCAGUAAGGAAAUGAAGAAUACACGGUCCACCUGAUAGACCUGCUGUAUCAUCUUUAUGCCGAAGAAAUGGACCUAGUGACCACGGCCAAACCCUGGAACCGGCAAGGCAGACGUCGACGGUUGGCCGUAAAGUGAAAACGAUUUCAGGUGCAUUCAGGCUCACCAUGGUCUCGGUAAAUCCGACCCGGACGACCCGGUGUAGGAAGAUGUCCUUGGUGAAUGUCCGUAAAAACCUUGCUCUCGUACAACAAUAACCUUCACUGAACAACUGAACGGUAAAAGGAU